UAUUCAUUGUUCCCUCGGACAGUCGUUGCCUACUACCCCCACACGUAUCUUUAAAAAACAGGCUGACCUCAACUUAAAACCUAAAUAAUAGUCUCAGGUUCCAGCCCAAAAAUUAGUUUUUGAACUAGCUCCUUAUUGGAUGCAGCUUCUUUAAAGAAGUGUUGAAGAGUUCAGAAAUGUUCUUGUUUGAUCUUGUUCACUGUUUUAUCUUCUUUGCCAGCAUUGUAGCGGUUUUUUCGGCAUCAUUGCCUCAAGAUUCUGUUCAUCUACUUGGGUUUCGAAGCAAUCUUCCAGAGCCCUCUCAACAAUUGCUCCCUUGGAAUCAAUCUGUCUCACACUGUAAAUGGAAAGGUGUUACCUGCUAUUCAGACAAAACUUCACAAGUCAAAUCAUUGGAUUUCAGAGACUUCCUUCUAUCUGGAAUCUUGGACAAGGCCUUUCCAAAUCUUUGCCAUCUUCCUCGUUUGUUCUCCCUUGAUCUCAGUGGCAACCAUCUCACUGGUGGCAUCCCUGCUAUGCUUGCUAACUGCAGCCAACUUGACACGAUUUUCCUCAACGACAACAGGUUUUCAGGAUCCAUCCCACCAGAGAUUUUCAAAUCCAAAAGGCUUGUAUACCUUGAGUUGGGUUACAAUCAGCUCAAUGGCACCAUUCCUUCUGAGGUGGGCCUUUCGACAAGCCUUCAAUAUCUUGGGCUGUGGAACAAUUUCCUUAGUGGAAAUAUUCCAAAAGAGCUAUUUGGUUUGCCAAACUUGACACAUCUCUACAUCCACACAAAUAAUCUAACGGGACCUCUCCCGGACUUCCCGUCCUCAUGCUCACUUUCCCAGCUUCUUAUUCAUCAGAAUCGCUUCUCAGGUUCUUUGCCAAUUUCCCUAGGUAAUUGUCACAACCUUUCUGCAUUCUAUGCAACAUCUGCUCAUCUUGGAGGAGUUAUUUCGCCAGAGGUUUUUAGGGGCCUUUCAAAUCUCGAAUUACUCUAUUUAGAUGACAACAACUUUGAAGGGGAAAUUCCUGAGACCUUAUGGAAUGGGAAAUUACAAGAGUUGGUUCUUUCCAUAAAUAAUUUUAAUGGAAGUAUAUCAGAAAAGAUUGGUGAUUGCCAUCAGAUGACUUACAUUGAUUUGUCAGCUAACAAAUUAAGUGGUCAGAUUCCCAAGUCAGUUGGACGUCUGAAGAAUUUGUACAAGCUUCUUCUGUAUGAUAACAUGUUUAGUGGUUCAUUGCCAGCAGAAGUUGGGAACUGCACUUCUCUUGCUGAGAUAAGUCUCGUCAGUAACUUCAUCAGUGGGGAAAUUCCUUCAGAAAUUUGCAGCCUUCAAAACCUAGAAACAUUUAAUGCAUUCAAAAAUAAAAUUCAGGGCCAAAUUCCAGAAUGCAUUGGAAGAAUAAGCGGGCUGCAGGAGCUAGCUCUUUAUGAGAACCGAUUGACCGGCAAGUUACCGCUUGGAAUUACAAAUAUGACGAAACUUUCAUUUCUGUCGUUGGCUCAUAAUAACCUUACGGGGGAGGUACCACCUGAUCUUGGAAAAGAUAAUUUUCCUGGCUUAGUUAAGGUUGAUUUAGGUUAUAAUAACUUCAGUGGACAGAUUCCUUCUAAACUGUGUAAUGGCAACAGGCUUGCAGUCCUGGCUCUUGAAAACAACAGGUUUAAUGGCAGCUUCCCAACCUAUCUAGCAAACUGCAAAUCUCUCUAUAGGGUAAAACUUUCCAACAACAAUCUGCAGGGGAGUAUUCCAGACGACAUUGAAAAGAAUGAGAAUAUUUCUUACUUGGAUGUUAGGCAGAAUAUGCUUGUAGGAAGGAUUCCAGCUGCAUUUGGUUACUGGACCAAUCUUUCAAUGAUUGAUCUUUCAGAAAAUAUGUUUAAUGGCUCCAUACCCACAGAACUUGGAAAGCUUCAGAAUCUUGUAAAACUGAGCAUUUCUUCAAACAGACUGACCGGACAAAUUCCCUUUCAGUUGAGUCACUCUGAAAAACUGGAGGAGUUGGAUCUCAGCAACAACAAUCUUUCAGGAAGAAUUCCUAAAGAAAUUGCAUCAUCUUCAGUAUUGACAAAUCUUCUACUCCAGGACAACAAACUUUCUGGUGCUCUUCCAGACACUUUCUCCUCCUCACAAAUGCUUGUAAAGCUGCAGCUGGGAAACAACUUGCUCGAAGGCCCAAUUCCAUGCAGUCUGAGUAAGCUUAUGCAACCUAGUUUUUCACUAAAUCUGAGCAUGAAUAAGUUUACUGGUGAAAUUCCUAGGUGCCUAGGCAAUCUUGACAAAUUGGAGGUCCUUGAUAUAUCAAGCAACAACCUGUCUGGUGCAAUACCAUCAGAAAUGGAAAAGAUGAGUUCCCUUUCGUUUCUCAACAUAUCAUUUAAUAGCUUGUCAGGGAAGGUACCCAAUACAUGGGAAAAACUAUUAAGUUCACGUCCAGGAUCUGCCUUGGGAAAUCCAGGACUUUGCUUAAUAGACACGGAAGGUAUCAACUGCAAGCAUGUGAAAAAAUCACAAGUAAAAUGGAAGACUUUGGCUGGUGUAAUUAGUGGAUGUGUGCUUUCCAUGGCAAUCAUAGUUGCUGCAAUGUACUUACUAGUGACUCGGAUUUGGCACCCAUCCCUGCUGAAUAAGCAUCGGCUCGUCAAGUGUCAAUCAGGAAUUGAAGAUCUACCUGAUGGUAUAACUUUUGAGGACAUUGUACAUGCAACAGAAGGCUGGAGUGAAAACUAUGUUAUUGGAAGAGGCACGCAUGGAACUGUUUAUAAGAUGGAAUCUGCCAAAUCCAAUAAACUUUGGGCUGUCAAGAAGGUAGACUUAGCUCAGAGAGCAUUCAAUGAUGAAAUGAGAAGCCUAAAUUCUGUCAGACACCGCAAUUUGGUAAGAUUGGGAGGAUAUUGCAUGAGACAUGGAUAUGGCUUCAUUCUAACAGAAUUUAUACCUGGAGGGACUCUUCAUGAUGUCCUUCACCAGAGAAAACCACCUGUAGUCUUGGACUGGAAGUCCCGCCAUUGUAUUGCUCUUGGUAUUGCUCAAGGUCUAUCAUACCUUCACCACGAUUCGGUGCCUCAAAUCAUUCACAGAGAUCUCAAAUCAGAUAAUGUAAUGCUGGAUUCUGAGAUGGUGCCAAAGAUUGGCGAUUUCGGGAUUGCUAAAAUGGUAUCAGAUGAAGAAAAUUCGACGAACUCCAAUAUUGUUGGGACUCUAGGAUACAUUGCUCCAGAGAAUGCGUACUCAGUUCAAUUGACAGAGAAAAGUGAUGUCUAUAGCUAUGGAGUUCUUCUACUGGAGCUCUUCUGCAGAAAAAUGCCAGUAGAUCCCAGCUUUGAAGAAGGAUUAGACAUUGUUUUCUGGGUGAGGAAAAACUUGCAGAGAAGCAACAAUUUCCUUAGUUUUCUUGAUGAAGAAAUUAGGCUCUGGAAUGUAGAAGAACAAUGGAAGGCCCUGAAAAUAGUGGAUUUGGCGCUUCAAUGUGCUCAACUCGAGGCAAGCACCAGGCCUGCAAUGAGGGAUGUAGUAAGGUCUCUUGUCGAGUUAUGAAGAGAGGAAUGCAAGAUGAUUUGAAGGCAGGUGCAGUUCAAUCCAGAAGAUCAAGAGCUCCUGCAUUUCUCUUCUUUAUUUUUGGUGUAAAGAACAGUUAGUUGAUGAUGUUGAAUCAUUACUAGACUCUAUGGCCUCUUUGUAAGUUUUGUUUGAGGCUGUAUCUGUAGAUAUAAUAUACCAGGUCUUUAUUAGGGUGCUGAUGAAUAUAACAUGUUACCAAAUUCAAAAAGAGAAUAGAUGUAAAGAUAAGUAAGGAAACUUUUAGUAGUGAAACCUGCGAUCAACUUUCCAAAUUCCAACAUCUCAUUUUUUUCUUUUUUUGCUUACAUAAAAAAAUUGGACAAAGAAAAUACAUGAUGUUUCAGUUUAACAAAAUCGUGAUCUUGGGCUUUUCAGUUUAACUUUGUGACAUCCAAUGUAGCAACAUAGACUAAGAAAAUGCAUGAUGUUUCAAAUUAAUUUU